UGGAGCGCGUCCUGUGUUUACCCAAACCAACAACAAAAUAGUGCCUGAAAUAGUUUCGGCAAUUAUGCAAAAAAACUGUUAUUAAUUAACACAGUCACGUGUCUUAUGAUGAUUAAUAAAACCACGGAGUUAGUUAUCGAUAAAAUCUGCCGUUCAUGUAUGUGCCAAAAUGAGAAUAUGCGAAAUGUGUUCGAUUCCAAAGAACUCGGCGGCCAAACUUUACAACUCGCUGAGAUGUUAAUGGAUUGCGCUGCUGUGGUUGUUGCCUCAGGGGACGGCCUUCCCAACCUUUUAUGCAUAACCUGUGAAGACAAGCUCAACCUCGCCUACGAGUUCAAACAGCAGUGCCAGAAGACCGACACGACCCUACGGGAACUCACCAACCAAUCCGAUUCUGUAAUCAAGGAGGAAACUUGCGAUAUAGUCGUUCAGCCCGACUUCAACAUCCCAGAACUUUACAAUGACUCAGAUAGCGAUGAUGACGACUCCAAGUCUAAAUCCUUUACGUGUCCCUUUUGCCAGAAGGUUCUAAGGACGAAAAAGGGUCUCCGCAUCCAUCAGCGACGCCACACAGGGGACAAACUCCGCUCUUGCCACUUGUGCGACGCUCAGUUUACAAGGACCCACCACUUGAUCAGGCACAUGAAAACCCACGUGAAGGGCGACACGGGGCACGUGUGUGCCGAAUGUGGCAUGUCUUUCAUGAAAUUGAGUCAUUUGCUGUCGCAUAAGAAGACCCACAAGGGAGAUGGGGGCGAUAAGAGCGAUGAGGGUGAGAGCGGGCAGCAGUCAACAGCAGCGGACAAUAACAGCGAUUGCGAUAAUGAAAUAACGUUGGAGAUUAACGAGGAUGAGGACGAGGAUGACGCUUUGGAGGAGUAUUUUAAGCCAAAGACGAAAACGUCGAAAAAAGAUAAAGGAACUUAUGAAUGUAAAUAUUGUUUUAAGAUUAUGACGACGUUUGUCGGGCUUAAGAUACACAUGAGGAGGCAUACGGGGUCAGAUUUGGCCAAGUGUAAAUUAUGUGACAAAAGCUUUACGAAAACCAGCCACCUGAAGCGCCACCUACAAACCCAUGGCAUUAAAGAGCUCGAUAAACCGAAACCUGUCGAAAAGAAGGUAAUGGAAUGUGAAUUCUGCGACCGAAAAUUCAAAUACAAGAAGAGUUUCAACCAUCAUAUGCAAACCGAGCAUGGAAUGUCGGACGAAAGCGACGUCCCUCUCAGUGCUUAUAUUUCAAAAAUGAAAGAUCCGGAAGAACCUAAAGAGGAGUCGGCUGAAAAACCUGAAAAGACGGACGAGGCAGAGCCGAGUUCGGAUCAAGAGACGAAAGAGGAAAUUACGCCGCCGACGAAACCCAUCCAUCACAAAGUCCACGUGUGUCACGUGUGUGAAGCGGCGUUCGCGCGAGCCAAUCAUUUAACACGACACAUGACUUUGCACAGGGCACUCUUGAUACAUAAGUGUGAUAGGUGCGACAAGGCGUAUGCGACGUUGGAGCAUUUGGCUAAGCAUGUGGAAGAGGAUCAUAUUAAUAAGCCGUAUGCAUGUACGAUUUGUAAUAAGCCGUUUAGUAGGGGGGAGCAUUUGAUACGACACUUGAAGGUGCAUCAAACCGGGAACGAGAAAGAGGAUAAUUUGACGUGUUCGAUAUGCGAAAAGACUUUCAGCAGGUCUGAUCAUUUAGCGCGCCAUAUCAAGAUACAUUUGUUACAAGAUAAGCGGCAUGUUUGUUCUGAGUGCGGUAAAGCGUUCAAUAGACUCGAUAAUCUUAAGACUCACCAGAGGAUACAUACGGGUAUCAAAGACACUACAAAGUUGCACCUUUGUAUUUACUGCGGCAAGGAGUUUAAUAAUUCGAGCAAUAUGAUUGUUCACAUGAGACGACAUACGGGGGAAAGACCGUAUAAAUGCAGUCAGUGUGGUAAGGGUUUCCCUAGAUCACAUGAUCUCAAAUGUCAUGAAAGGACACACUCAGGGGAAAAACCCUAUCAUUGCGCGUUAUGUGGAAAAUCGUUCAAUAAGAGCAAUAAGUUGUUACGCCACACUCGCGUCCACACCGGUGAGCGGCCCUACGUGUGCAACAUUUGCGGACGGGCCUUCACCCAAUCCAACGACUUGGCCCUUCAUAUGCGUCGUCACACGGGGGCGCGGCCUUACGCCUGCGGUAUGUGUCCGGCGCGUUUCAUCCAAUCCGGACAACUGAAAACCCACCGACGUACUACGGGCCAUUGGGUGGAGACUCAGCCGGACCUGAAAGGGGGCCACCGGGUCGAGCCCGUCACCCCCGUUAUGGAACCUACACCCAUUAGGUUCAAGACCCAUGGCAAGAAGAAGGAUGAUGAGGUGGACGAAGCAAAGAGCAAAAUUUUAGCCCAGACGAUGGGGUUAAUGGGACCGUUGAACGUCUCAGGGGAGAAUCUGGUGAUCGAUCCAAAAAUUGUUGAGUUGCAGAAUUCGGGAUUGAUCAAUUUGAUGGGCGGAGGGGAGGUUAAGUUUAAAGAGGGUGGGUUUGUGGUGUCGCAGGUGAAGAGUGAAGGGGAAAAGGUUCAAGGGUUUGGACAAGGGGGGUCCGUGACGUACUCGAUAGUGGCGCCGGUGGCGAGUUCGACGACUUUUACAGCCGCGGAUUAUAGCAAUUAUCAGAAUUUCGGUUGAAGGGGUGGUUCGGAUAACAAGAGUGGAGAAUAAUUUAAGUGAUAACUUAGUUAUUGUGUGUUUGAGUAAGAAAUAGUGUCCGAGAAAUUACAAAGGGGAAACCCGUGUGACUGAUGUGCCAGUUUUAAAGUAGUUUUGAACUACACAGCUGCCAGUAUGGAUUCGGUUUGCAUAGUCUGAUCAAUGUAUAUUUGUCAGUUCGUGUUUACUAUUAAGAAUCUAUAAAUAAACUUAAUAUAUUCUGAUACGAAAAAAGGGCGAGUUCAUUUACACAUCAGGUGCCAUUAUGUAAUAAAUUUUAAUCAAGCUAU